AUGAGGAAGCAGAUGCACGCUGAGGACGAGAAGGCCCCCAGUCCAACAGCCGCACGUGCCGACCCAAAGCCAGCGCUCACCGGUCAUGAGACGUCAGCACAGGAAGGAAAUGACGGAAGCAGGUUGACGGAAGCAAAGCGCCGAGUCCCCGAGGAGUGGAAGCGGGCACUGUCUCAGCUCUUCAUAUCUCGCACAGCCUCCCCUGAGCCUCACAGCGCUACAGCAACCUGGCCCCCUUGCUGCGUCCCUACCUCGGCGAUUCUGCAUAACCUGGUAGAUCCCCCGGUGUUCUUCUCCAGCUUCGACGACUGGGUGGACUUCUUCUUCCUGUGCUGGCCCUUGCGCCUGGAUGAGCCGCGGGAAAAGACUCUGCCGGCGGGGGAAGGUCUGGUCAUGAAGAUCGGAAGCAAGGCAUUCUUUGAGGAGAUGAGGCAGCUUUUGGAAGCCAAUCUGAAGGAUCCAAAGAUCAUGGCAGAGCACCAGGCGUAUCUUGAGCGACUCGGUGUGAGCGACGAGGAUCCGCUGCCUCCGGCAAUCCAGGGAACGGACUGCUUCAACCCCGUGCUCGAGAGGUUCUGGAAGCCCUGGGCAAAGUCCAUUCUGUUCGACGGGUGGGUGCGGCGGGAGGUCAUCUUCCCACCGCUGACUCAAUUUGCUCUGCAGCGCGCCAUCGCCCAGUUCAUCAGCCAUUCCGUUCCGACGCUGCCCGUUCUCCGCUACAUGAUUGAUUCCGCUCCCGGUGGCCGGAUCCUGGACGUUGGCGCCGGGCGCGGCUACUGGAGCGCGCUCUUGGCCGCGCUUGGCGCAGACGUUGUGGCGAUCGACGACUUCUCGUGGCUCCCGGACCAGCGGAACGGCACGGAAGGCGGAGCCCCCGGAACGGAAGAUACGGGCGGUGGAAGCGAAGAGAAGGGCAACGCGAAAGCAAAGCAGCCGCCUAUGUUCUUCGACGUGCAACGCGCUGACGCGACCGAGUUCAUCAAGGGCGGCGGUGCCGCGGGGCGCGCGCUCUUCUUCAGCUGGCCGCGUGACGUCAUGGAAUCCUGCUUGAAGCACUACGAGGGCGACACGGUGUUCUGGGUCGGAGAAGACGCGACGGACAUGAUGUCACCGACCGACAGCGAGUGGGUCGAGGUUCACGGAAUGGAGGUCCCAGUCUGGCACGGCCAGUACGACCGAUUUGUGGCGUACAAGAGGAGGUCCUCAAUGUCCAGCUAG